AUGCCAAUCAGCCAACGCAAGCAGGCUCUCCUCGAGGCCAACCGAACCGGCCAAAUCCCGCUAGUCGGGUCAAAGUAUGCUGGAUGGUAUCAUGCUCCCAAUGGAAAACGCUACUUCGGCCUUGGAACAGUCAUGGAGAUCGGGUUAACUCACGACGGCGGCUUCUACGUGAGAUCCGAACCAGUGCCCAACAUGCCCGACAAACGAUGGACCUUCUUCGACCCGGCCACCGACGAAGACAUGCCCGCCGACCAGCUUCCAGAAGACUACGACGAAAAGUGUGACCGGGCAGAAGACCACCCACGGCCAGGGCGCGACUUCCACAAAAUGCCCACUCCAAAGCCGGGCAAAAAGCCCGGCGACGUGGCGUACGGGUUCUACACGUCCGCGAAGGGCCUACUCCAUUUUGGGCCCGGGCGCGUCGUCACGAACUACUUCCGUGAGGACGGCAGCCUCCGCAGUUACGCCGUCGAGCCUCUGUCUGUCCGCGGGGGGCUCCCGUUCUGGGAAUCAGACACGGGCGAUGAUAUCGCCGAAGAGGACUUGCCGCGGUCGUAUUACUCGGGCUCCUUGGAAACGCAGCAGCGCAAAAACAAGGACCGCCCGCGGUGGGAGGAUCCCCCGGAGAAGGAUGACUGGCUAUACUGGUAUGGGAGGCUUCCUCCAAUGCCUGAUUGCGAUGUCGUCGAGCGGUAUCCGCGCCUCGGCACCGAGCACUCUGGUGCUUACUUCGCACCUGAUGGGCAGUGGUUCGCGGGUGUGGGCACGGUUGUCGCUGUCGGGUAUACUCCUUACGCAGCUGGCUUUAGAUGUUGGUAUGUCUUUGUUGAGCCUAUUACCGGGAAGUCCGGCGGGGUUUAUGAUUUUUUCCACCCUAAGACGUACGAGUGGAUGGACGAGCUACCAUCUAACCCUAUUCCUGGAGAGUCCUGUGCCCCCUCUGUACGCAGGAAGCUUCCUACGCGCUGGUAUAAUCUUCCAGCAAUUCGCCGGCAACCUAAUAUAGGGGAGGAGUAUUCUGGGCGAUACUUUCCACCUAAUGCGCCUAAAAGAGAUGUCUACCUCGGGGUAGGCAAGGUGCUUAGAACGGGGGUGACUAAGGAAGGUCGAAUCUGGGUAGAUGUAGCGCCUAUCCCAGGGAAGAGGGGCGGCCAUUACACCUUUUUUAACCCAUGGACAGGCAAGACCAUGCCUGAUGAGUACUUGCCGAACGAGGAGUGA